GAAAGAUAGCUUGGAGUUUUCAACUAACCGUAUUCGUCAUUCGGUUAGUGGCGGAGACAGUGGUAAAAAGAGCUGGUUCUCGACUAGGUGAUAGUGUAUGCGUUUACUUAUAUGGAACCAUAAAUUUUACAUGAUCGUAUACUAUUGAAAAAAUGGCAGCGCAAGAAGAAGUUGGCAUCGGAGAUUUGGUUCUUUUAGAUGAAAUUACCGUAGAGAAGGUUGUAGACAACUUACGGAUAAGGUUCAAUGGUGGUAAGAUUUACACAUACAUUGGUGAAGUAUGUGUCAGCAUAAAUCCUUACAGAAGUAUAAAUAUAUAUAACAAUGAGCAUAUCAAUAAAUAUAAAGACAGAGAAUUAUUUGAAAAUCCACCACAUAUCUUUGCAAUUGCUGAUGCAGUACAUAGAGAAAUGAAACAACAGGGUCGUGAUACCUGUAUAGUAAUUAGCGGAGAGUCAGGAUCUGGGAAAACAGAAGCAAGUAAAAUCAUUAUGAAAUAUAUUGCUGCAGUCACAAAUUUAAGUGGUCAGCAAGAAAUAGAAAGAGUAAAAGAUAUUCUUAUUCAAUCCAAUUCCAUAUUGGAAGCCUUUGGAAAUGCAAAAACAAAUAGGAAUGAUAAUUCAUCACGGUUUGGAAAAUACAUGGAUAUAAAUUUCAAUUUCAAAGGAGAUCCAAUUGGUGGUCAUGUUACUAAUUACUUGCUGGAAAAGUCAAGAGUUGUAUAUCAACAAAAUGGUGAAAGGAACUUCCAUUGCUUUUAUCAGUUACUAAAUGGGUGUAGUGAAGGAGAAUUAAAUAAACUAAGGCUGGUAAGAGAUCCAGCUGCAUAUUUCUAUGUUGGUGCUGGAAAUUGUAACAAAGCAAGUCCAAAUGAUAAAAGUGAUUACAAAACAGUCAUUUCUGCUAUGGCUACUCUUGGGUUUACACAAAAUGAAGUACAAACAAUCUGGAAUAUCAUUGCUGGCAUACUACAUUUGGGUAACAUUACUUUUAAACUUGAAGAGGAUAAGCUUUCAAUUGCAAACAGAACUGCCUUAAAUGAUACAGCAAAUUUGUUUUCUAUUAGCCCACACGAAUUAAGUACUGCUUUAACUCAAAGAGUUAUUGCAGCAGGUGGAGAAGUAAUGCAGAAAACUCAUACUUCAACAGAAGCAGAAUAUGGAAGAGAUGCUUUAGCAAAAGCUAUAUACGAAAGGUUGUUUACCGAAAUAGUAUCACGUGUCAAUAAUGCUAUUAAUGUAAAUGAUACAGAAACUUAUCAGAGAUAUAGAACAGUGAUUGGUGUUCUUGAUAUAUACGGAUUCGAAAUUUUUGAUGUAAAUAGUUUUGAGCAGUUUUGUAUUAACUACUGUAAUGAAAAAUUGCAACAACUAUUUAUUGAAUUGGUAUUAAAGCAAGAACAGGAGGAAUAUCAAAGAGAAGGCAUAGCAUGGCAAAAUAUUGAUUAUUUUAAUAAUCAGAUAAUUUGUGAGCUAGUAGAACAACCACACAAAGGAAUUAUAGCAAUUAUGGAUGAAGCUUGCCUCAAUGUUGGCAAAGUCACAGAUGAGAUGCUUCUGGAGGCAAUGGAUAAAAAAUUGUUUGAUCAUAAACAUUAUUCUUCUCGGCAAUUAAAACCGAUGGAUAAAGAACUUCUGCAUAAAGUUCAAUUUAAAAUUAAGCACUAUGCUGGAGAUGUAAUAUAUAAUAUUAAUGGUUGCUUAGAUAAAAACAAAGAUACAUUAUUUCAAGAUUUUAAACGGUUACUUUAUAACAGUAGGAAUUCAAUAAUUAGCAAAAUGUGGCCUGAAGGAGCUCAAAAUAUUUUAAAGACAACAAAAAGACCUUUAACAGCUGGAACAAUGUUCCGUAAUUCUAUGAUACUUCUGGUUAAGAAUUUGACAAGCAAAGAACCAUUUUAUGUUAGAUGUAUAAAGCCUAACGAAGUUAAAUCACCGGUUGUGUUCGACGAAGAAAGAGUAAAUCAUCAAGUACGAUAUUUAGGUCUUGUUGAAAAUGUAUUAGUCAGGCGUGCUGGUUUUGCGUAUCGGCAACGAUACGAUACAUUUUUAAAACGGUACAAAAUGAUAUCUCAAUAUACUUGGCCAAACUUUAGAGGCGGUACUGAUAAAGAUGGUGUACGUACAUUAAUGAAUGAAAAGGGUUUCAAUAAUGAUGUGAAAUAUGGUCAUACGAAAAUAUUCAUUCGCUCACCUCAAACACUCUUUGCAUUAGAAAAGGCACGUAGUGAUUUGAUACCAAGUAUUGUGAUAUUAUUACAAAAGCAAUGGAGAGGAUAUUUGUGUCGUCAAAAAUAUAAAAAAAUGAAAGCUGCACUCGUCAUAAUGAAACAUUAUCGAAAGUAUAAAAUACGUACUUAUAUCAGGGAAUUAGAGAAAACCUUCCAUAAUGCAAAGACGAUGCGAGAUUAUGGUAAGCACUUGGCUUGGCCUCGUGAGAAUUUUGCCGUAAGACAUGUGAUACCUGCUCUGAAAGUUAUGUAUGGAAGAUGGAGGGCAUGGAUGAUUCUCCGACUUAUCCCUAGGGAAGAUUGGCCUCAGUUACGAUUAAAAAUGGCUGCUGGGAGUGUUUUGCGUUCAAAACGAGCUUAUUGGGGACAAGACAGACGGUGGGAAGGAAAUUAUUUAUCCAAGCCAGAAGAAAACCCUCAAAGUGAUGUUUUCAAUGCUUCGCUAAACAAUCUUCGCAAUACGGAUCAUUUUAAGACAGUUUUGUUCAGUGCCUUCAUCAGAAAAACUAAUAGAUUUAAUAAACCAAAAGAUCGCGUACUAGUAGUUACUGAGCAUGCAAUAUAUAAACUUGAAAAUUCUAAAUUUAAAAAUAUGAGAAAAGGUAUGCCAAUAACAGAGAUUACUGGUUUGAGUGUAUCACCCGGAAGGGAUCAACUUAUAACAAUUCAUUCAAAUAGAGGAAACGAUUUCAUUAUGUCUAUCAUUACUAAAGAGGAUAAAGUUGGAGAACUUGUUGGUAUUUUAAGCAAUAAAUAUAAUCAAUUACGUUCUGCUGACCUACAAGUUAUGGUGGAUGUAAAAUUUAAGUGUAUGUUAGGAAAUAAGAGCAAGGUGCUGCGAGUAGAAGUACAUCCGGAAGUUAUUGAACCAACGUUCAAAAAAGAUGGAGAUAAUAUUGUAUAUGCCAUUCCAGCAUCGAUUGGUAUAAUCGAUGGAAAUACUAAUGCAAGGUUUCAAACUAGGACAACUAAUUAACAUAGUAAUUUGUUUGAUAUUCAAGCAGAAGCAUUAUAGAUAAAUUAUUUUUAAAGCUUCUAUGAAAAUACUUCGGGAUUCUUAUUCGUGCAUCUUAAAGGUUGUUUUAAGCAUUUCUAAAUGUACAAAUCCUAUUGAGUCAUUAUUAAUAAGUUGAAAACAAAUGAGUAUACAUUUAUCUGAUAAUAAGAAGUAUUUUUUAGUAAAAAAGAUAAACGAAAUAAUAAUUUACGUAAGUAACUUCACCCGGCAUGAACCAGAUAAGCAAAUGAAAGAUAUCAGAUAAUUAUUGUUUAACAGAAUUAAUUCUUUUAUGUAAAUACAUAUCAAAAUAGAUUCAUUAAAAGUAAUGCAAUACUUUGCAAGUAAUGCAAACGAUAAAUGUAUUACAUAUGUGAAUAACUUGUAAAUUAUAAAAUUGGAAUGAUAUAUAUAUAUAUA